UGUUAAGAAAUGCUAAUUUAUUUUUUAUUUAAAUUCUUUAUUAUUGCGGAAGAUCGGGCUCGGUGUUAAUUUAAUAGAGUUUAUAUCAACAGAUAAAAUGAUUUGAAAGAAGAAAUUCAAAAUGUACUCAAGCAAGGAAUCUCAUAACCAUACUGGUAGGGAUAGACAUUUGUGGGGAUUUAACACUUUAGAUGAGAUUCAAAGAUUGGGGCAGCAAACAUAUCUGCGUGCACUAAGAAAUCAUGCAGCAUGGACAGCUUCUCAAGGACAACCAACAGUCGAUCCAAGGCAUUCGAAUAAAUCUCAACAAAGAACUUCAGCAUGUCCUAUCUGUGGAAAUUCAGUUGAGCCGAACCAUCAACUUGAUUCUGCUUUUUCUGAUGUAAUGAAAAUGAUGUGCCAAGUUUCACAAACUUGUCAGAAAUAUUACUGCACUUCAGAAGGAGAGCCUUUAAAUAUUCAUGAUAAAAAGCACUGCCUGAGAUAUCACUCAGUCAAACACAUCAGAACGUCAGAAGCAGCAGGAAGGAGGGAGACAAAUCUGAGAGAUACCACCAGGGCGUUCUCAGUACAUGGUGGACCAUCACCAUCAGCCAAGUCUACAAAAGAGGGCAUCAAGUGUAAACAACACACCACAUUUGAUAUGGCCGCUUCCCUAUCUAACACUAGGAAAGCUAAACAUGUGAGAUUUUCCCCUGGAGAAACAGUAGAAGUCCAAUUUUGUGCUUAGAUUGCUGAAUCUGAUUGAUAUCUAGAAACAUUAAUUUCUUUUAAUUAAUCAUUAUGUACUUUUAAAUCAAGAAAACUAUGCAAAAAUGAUUCCAUAACUUUUAGGUGCAAUUGAUUUUUGAACUUUAAUUUUACUUUUAGUGCUUCCAUGAAAACGACUUUUUAACCAUUUUUUGUAUUGAAGUUUUUCAAUUGCAUUUAUACCAAAUAUUAUUUUCAAAAUUUUCUUUUACUUUAUGAUAUACAAGACAGAUGUAAAAUGUUUUAAUUUUUUUUUAUUUCUUCAGAAAUGCCCUCUAUUACAGAUAUUUUUUAUUGUUAUUUAGAGAAAAAACUGCAUAUCAAAUGGGUUCAUCUUGCUACACGUUUGGAGUAUUUCAAAACUUUAUACCUAUCUCAGCAUAAUCCUGUUACAUUUUUUUGUGUGGUUUUUAGGAGUUAUUGCAUUAUUGCCUUUUUACACCACUGGAUGUUCACUCUAUUUUUCCACUCAGUGUUCAGCUGUUUAAUCACUGGUUCAUAUGUUCUGCUCAGAUUGUUUACCACUGUGUGUUCACAUUGUUUACCACUGUGUGUUCACAUUGUUUACCUUUGCGUGUUCACAUUGUUUACCACUGGAUAUGUUCAUGUUUAGCAGUGUGGUGAAAUGCAGUGCCAAAAUAUGCAUUUUAUUUUUCUAAUUGAGGCAAAAUACAAUCAUGUGCAUGUACCUCACUGACGAGUGUGAUAUUAAAAUGUACAUGUAUGCAAGUUGACUCCAGGAUAAUUGGAUGUGAUAUUGAAAAAGCUUUUUAUAUAUUGUUAUGAAAUUGAAGCCUUUACUAGUCAAUAAAUUUUGGAUUUUA